CAGAUGUUCUAACAUGGCGACCUAGAGAGGUGCAGGGAAUUCCCUCGAUAUAAGUUUGGAGUUUGGACAUUUGACAACCCGUAGUCUACAAGCAGACAUGAGAAUUGCCUGUAGGAUUUAAUUAGCUGAUUUUUCAAUCAUGGUGGAUUUUUACCAUUAUGUGAGGUUUGUGAUCGCAGCAGUUACUGAAUGAUUCGAGACCCACUUUUGAAAACGUCUUUUCUCAAACAAUGCCGUGAGAACUCGGAGUGACUCAUGGGCAUCCCUCUUUAUUUGUGAGACAUGACAGACAUUUCAACAACUUUUUUUGUGUUUAUCGGCCUCUAGAUGAUGAUACGCUCAUACGUUUAUGUUUUGUUUGUGCUUUGAUCUGGAGGUUUUCGUGUGCUAAAGUUUGGACAAUGCCAUCACGGACUGUGUGUUUUGUGUGCGGCAGUGUGGGCGCCGAACUCUCUAUUCAUAUCAAGUCGAGAGACAAAGGACCCUACUUCCCUUUUCUGGAGCACCAUGAUCCGCCCAAAGGUUCCCGUCUGCCAGGCCCAGAUGGUCUCGUAGACAGCUGUAGAGUGUGCUAUGCUUUUCUAACACAGCAGUGGGAAGCGUAUGAGAGAAGCAAAACUCCCGCCAUCAAAAGACUGUAUUGGUUGAAGAGGGCUGACAAUGGUCAUUUUACAGGCGCUGAAAUGAAGCUGCAAGGGGAAUAUAUGGCUCAAGUAAUGGGUUUACAAUAUCAGACGACCAGUGACUCUUAUAAUCCUUCUUCAUCACCAGAGAGACCCUCUUACUCUCGAGAUGGAUAUUUAAUUUCCAGCAACCAUCACUCCAGGGACCCACCUCGAAGUCACCACCCUGUUCACCAAGCACCCGAUGGAGCUCUUGACCUGUCAGUUGGACCUACCAAAGUUGUGACUGACAUGGCGCGAGCUGGCCACAGCCAACGUCAUGUUGUUAGAGAUUCUUUCACCUGUUUUACUUGUGGGAAAGAAAAGCAGAUAUCAAAUUGUAAGCUUGCAUCAGCAAUAAGACAGGCUGGAAGUGAGCCCUAUUUUCCGUUUCUCGAAAAGAUUGUCCCACCAAGGGGCGCAUCAUCGAUAAGUAGCCAGGGACUGGUGCAGUUAUGUGAACAUUGUUUUACAUCAUUGUUUCAACAAUGGCUAUCUUAUGAGAGGGCUGGGGUGCCCCCUAGUGCAAGAAUGUAUAGUGUGGGUGAUGAUCACAUGACUGCUAAGUCCCAUAGUGUACGUGAAAUGCGUGAAUCAUAUGAGAAGGAAAAAACAUCUGAUGCGGAGACAUGUUACCUGUGUGGCCAGUCAUAUCCCAUAAAGUCCAUUAGACCCCUCUACACUAUUCCAUCCCAAGAAAAUAAACUUGUUAUGUAUUUUCCCUUUAUAAGGGAACUGAGACGGCCACAUGGAUCACGUCCCUUGAACCCUGAUGGAACCGUCCUAGUUUGCCAAAAUUGUCAUCAUAAUCUCCAAAGCCAGUGGUGUCAUUAUGAAGCCAAAAAGAUUCCUUUAAUUCAGAGAAGAUACUCAUUAUUGCCAGUCAGUGGGUCGUACACAGUACCACUUCCUGAUAAACCACAUCAUAGUAAGGAGUCUGAGAAACCUCAUCCCAAGCCUCCCUCUGACGGGUCUGAUGUUACACAACCAUUGAACAUCCAGAUCAGCAAAAGUCCCCUUCCUUCAUCCCUACCUGGCAGUGCCCAGGGACUCUUGGCCAUAGCUCAGCCAAUGGUGAAGACAGAAGCAGUCGAGGGGCAGGGUUCAUCUGUGACAUCUACCAUCCCCAACAGUGUCAACAAUGCAUUAGCUGCCAAAGUUCUCGAGCAUCAUCGUCAGCUCACUGAAACUAAGCCAUCAUCAUCAUCAGGAGCAUCGAUUCCCCAUCCACUACAACAAGCAACUUCCAUACCAAAGAAGGUAUGUUUCAUCUGUGGAGAAAAAUGUCUCAUUACCAAAGCACGCACUUUAUGCUCAUAUCCAAUGCGGCACGAAGCCAAGACGCCCAACAGUCAGUCAGCACCCUUCUUCCCAUUCUUAGCCAGUCGAGAUCCAGCACCAGGAGCUGAACUCAACACCGAAGAUGGAACUGUCAUAGCCUGCUCAUACUGCUUCUGCUCACUCAAUACUCAGUGGAAAGAAUUUGAAGAAUCAAAAGAUCCAGAAGACCAAGCGCGCUGGGUGAGGAAAUAUUCAGUUCAGGACUUUGUAUGCUUUGUUUGUGGAACCACAGUUGUGAGGAAAGCAAUUAGAACACUAGAAGUUCUCAAGUUCCCUUUCCUGAAGGAACAUAAAGCUCCGUCUCGCGCCCUUGUGUUCAGUAGUGGGGAGGAGAUUGGUGCAUGUAGUUCUUGUGCCUUCAGUCUUCGCCAUCAGUUUGCAGAGAAUGAAAGGAUGGGCGUCCCUGACGACCACAGAAAGUACAACUGGAUUCAGCAGCCUCAUCAGCCACAGGUCGUCGAGGAGAAUAGCAGUGAUUCGCGGGAACAGGAUGCCACUGGAAGUGAGUUGAGAGGGUACGCCAAUUUGAUGAGCUGUGAUGAUGACAGCAACAACACAAAUCCUGACAGUAGCCGGCACGGGGACGGACUACCCCAGGGUUCCAAGCCCCCUCCCCUGAACAUGCUAAGUCCGUCGGGUAGCAAGGUAGCACGCAACACUGCCACAGUGCCCCCACUCAACCAGGUGUCACCCAACAAUGGACUCAACUCUGUCAGUGGCGAUGCUGCCCUCAGUGCCACAAGAACAUCCAGUUUUGCUGCAGCUCUCCGGAAACUUGCUCACCAAGCUAAGGACCCAGAGGACCCUUCCAGCAUCAAGCACACCAGUCCUCCCAGUUCCAGCGUCAGUCCGCGUUCAUCCACCCCGAAACGUGCGCCACCACCCCUUGUAUACGCCUCACAGGCCCAAUCCCUUACCUCUCCACCGGUGGUAACCAUAGCACCCACCCAAGCACACCCAUCUGUGCUGAAUGAUAGUCGGCAGGGCCUGGAGCGAGUGUCGUCUGCUCAUAGUACAUCCUCCUCAAUCUAUGAGCCGCUCUCAUUAAAACAGGAACGAGAUCAGCGCCCUCUGUCUUCUCACUCUCGUGAUGAUGAUCGCUCAUCAAUGAAGGAUGGCCCUCAUGCACAGACACCAUCAAGAAUUCUGACACCCCAUUCCACCCCUGGUUCAAGAGAAGAUGGCUUGGUCCGUGGGUUCCAGCCUUAUCGUCCUGGGGAUGAGAUCAGACCACCUGUUCCCCUUCCAUUUGGAAUGGACCCAGCCACCUACCAGGCAGCAUAUCAACAGGCCUUCAUGCAACCUCAUCCAUACACUCAUCCGGCAUACAGACUUGAGGACCCCAUGAUGCUGGAGCGAUACCGUAUGAUGCAGCCUCCCUAUCUACCCUUCACCUCCACCGGCUCUGCUGGGGCCAUGAUGCCCCACCCAGGAAUGCAUCCUCUCCUCGCAGGCGGGCGGUACCCCCCAGAGUUGCUGCACCAGUACCCAUUUCUCUCCCCUAGUGCCCCUGGGGUGGACCCCAGAUCCCCAGCAAUGUCUGCAGAGAGAUCAAGAGCUGAGGAAGACCGACAACGAGAACUUGACAGGGAAAGAGAGCGAGAACGGGAAAGAGAAAGAGAGAAAGAAAGAGAGCGAGAAAGGGAAAAGGAACGAGAGAAGGAAAGAGAGAGGGAGGCUGAGAUUCAACGUUUGAGAGAACAACAAAGAGAGAUUGAACGAGAAAGACAGAAAAUAUUAGAAAGACACAAUGACCUAACCAACUCUCAUAAUAGUGUGCUGACUGUGCCCCUGCGAGGUCGGCACCAUGACGACAUGCGCGGUCGGCACCAUGACGACAUGCGAGGUCGGCACCACGAUGACAUACGGGUCAGGGACUCGCGACAAGAGGAAGCCUCAAAGUUUGGCUCCAUAACGCAAGGCACUCCACGAGAUCCUGGCUGCAGGGGGUCCUCUGAGUCUAGCUACAGCAAAGAUGUACGAUGGCAGGAUGUAGCAGGAGCACGAAGGGAACAUGACCGCAAUCAUUACCACCAUAAGCCCCCCGACAUCCCCUCUGUACGUCACCACGCAAGUAUGGCUGAAUCUGGAAGAAGGUAUAUGGUGGACCACCCUGAAUCUGACCAUGGCCGUGGUUCAGUCGGGAUGGAUCGAGGUCAGCCUCCGCCGCUUGUGUCCCCACGGGGUCAAGGUGAUGCUAGUCGAGGGGACAAAACAACUGAUGGUGCCAUCUUCCGACCGUUUGAAAAGCCUGCUCCUGAUUCCCAGUAUUCCCAAUAUUCACAACACCUUCAAAACUCAAAAUCAGCCGACCUGUCUGUGCCCGCCUACAGACGAUCUCAUGAUCGGGAACAGAAUGGGGAAGUCAGAGAGAGGUUUCCUGACUCUAUGGAACGUAGAGACAAUUCCAUGGCAGAUGGUUACGAUCAUCACCAGCUCAAGAAGCCCAUCAAUAUGACUCACAGUAAUCAUAACAUUGAAAGGUUUGACUUCAAGAGUUUGGCCACAGAGUUUGGCCAUCUUCCAAAAGCUGAGUCGCAAAGUGUGGACAGUCGAGUGUUGAUACCAUUCUCAGACACAACCUAUGUGCAGAAGCAGUGUGUUGAGAACCAUGUACGCAGUAAACUGGAUAUAGAGGAACAGAAACUACGUGAUUCUCGUGUCAAUGGCACCUAUUGCAGCGACAGUGAAGAUGAUGCUUUGUCCGAUGACGAGGAGCGUCGGCUUCAGCAUUUGAUGUUCAUCACCAGAGUUCCGCCACUCAAGUUUGAAGCAUCACCACCUAAAAUGAAACUGCUGGGAGAACUUGGACUUGUAACACUUAGGAGAAAGAAAGACAUUCAGUACGAGCGUCUUGGAAAGCGGCGGAAACUGCAUCGUGAACGCAGCAUAAGCCCUGUGGAAGUUGAGGAGGAGAACUGCUCUCCUCUGCCACACCCAAGUCUGGCUGAAUCUGAUGCCUUGUGUCACGACAACGACUACCCAGACAAGUGCCAGUUCCUCCACAACAUGGACCUGGGACCACUCGGUCGAGACAGAAAGAAAGAGUUGGACCAGAUCAGAACAUUUUGUGAGCAGGAGAAACAGAGGAGGCUUGGAGUCCUAGAGGAAAAUAACCGAGUUCAGAUGAAUGGAGAUGGUGAUAUCUUACCAGAAACUUCAGGUUGUGGCGUGAAACGGAAAUUUGAUGAAAUGGAAAAUAUGUCAUCCCAAUCAGAACCUGUAAAAAUUUCUCUGAGUCAGUUGCAAGCUCGUCACCAGAAACAAGGAAAACCAUCCAACCAUGUCAAGUCGAGUGCAGUAGUGUUCCCAGAGUCACGGGAUCGCCAGCUCAGUAGAGAGUUUGCGGAACAAUUCCAUGAAUCUGUUCUCCAGACAACAAGACAAAAAGAGAUAGCAAGUCGUUUAGGGUCCAGAGGGCAGGAAGAGUCCUUCAGCUCAAGACCUCUCGAACAAUCACAAGGUCCAACACUCCGCAUCAAUGCAUCAGGUGAAUCUAGUGGUUCAACACGUGAAACAGACAUCUUGGACUAUGGGGCCAAUCAAGGGUUCCGCUGGCCGGGUAUUGAAGCCAUAAUUGACUCCUAUCAAAGAUACGUAGAAGAGCAGCGCUUGGAACGCCACAUACUGACAGACCGUUGUCGGAGACUGAGAGCUGAUAACAUGGACCUGAACCGAACAGCCGAGAGACUAAGCCAUAGAGUAUCGAGUCUCCUUGAUGCAAAGCAGCAUGUAGAGGGGGAGCGGGCACAGGCGCAAAGUGCAAUAGACAGCAUGAAGAAGUGUCUCAAGUACCUGAGGUGAUGCUGACAGCACUGGAGACGCCACUGUGCAUUACAGCGUCAAAUACUACUCAAUUUCUACGGGAUCAAAUUCAGCAAUGUUCAUAUCUUUCUCAUCAGUCACUCUCUUUCAUCGUCAUGGAAACUAACUCCACGCUGAUGGCAGCAAUGGAUAAAUACUCCGUUACCAUGGCAAUCUCACGUUGCCAUGUAAACUAGUUCUUCAAGGUAACUGUUGUUACUAAUGAAAAUGUGCCCUCAGAUUUUCAAUUUGCGACAUAUCACAGCUGGAAGUGUUGUUGAGAAUGAACGUGAUUGGCAGGAGGGAAGAUUGUACUUGUCUGUGACAACUAUGGCAUCAUCGUGUGUGUCUGGGUGACACAUAUGACAUCAUCGACAUAUCUGUGAUUCCCUGCGGCCUUAUGGCACCAUGUGAUAGUUGAGCUGUCUCUGUUCAUGUCCUAGCAGAGUUCUGUCCCUUUCAGUGAUGACUUGCACAUACACCGCCUUAUUCUUAGAUAGUGAAUAUUGCUACACACCUGUUCCAAUUCAAGAAAAUAUCUAUAAAUGAAAUAUAUUUCAAUUCCCAGUAAAGUCAUGUGUUAAUGGGUUGACAGAAGACUUUAGAGAAAUGGUGGAAAUGAUAUUGCCUAUUGUGAUUGGAGACCUUGUUUGACUAGGUGUUGACAGAUGAUAUGUGACUGGCCCAUGUAGACAGGUGACACGUGACUGGCCCAUGUAGACAGGUGACAAGUGACUGGCCCUGUAGACAAGUGACAAGUGACUGGCCCUGUAGACAGGUGGCACGUGACCGGCCAUGUAGACAGGUGGCACGUGACUAGCCCUGUACACAUGCAUGGUCCUUCAGACAGGUGACAUGUGACUGGCCCUGUAGACAGGUGACAUGUGACUGGCCCUGUAGACAGGUGACACGUGACUGGCCCUGUAGACAUGUGACUGGCCCUGUAGACAGGUGACAUGUGACUGGCCCUGCAAUACUAUUGUGAAUCAUUUCUCCGUGGAAAUCUCAUGAACUGAAAUUUGUGCAAGCAUUUUUACGAUUUAAGGUAAAGAGUAUGUCUUAAAUUUUGUGAAUUUCCCAGACUAGCACACUAAUAUGGAAAUGCUGCUAGUGAAACAUAAUUGACUAGCUGAUAAUGAAUAACUAUAUGAUAAACAUAGCAUGGUUAGUUUGCAUUUACUUGUUUACAAGACUGUGUUUUGGGAGAUAUACAACAUGCAAUAGUAUUACUGGUUAUACCAAGCAAUAUGUGAAGUAUUGUAGGUAGCAGUGGUGUAAGUGAAACAUGUCAAGGUAUUAAACACUGAGUAAUCGAACAUACAUAAUGUCAAGGCAUUAAACACUGAGUAAUCGAACAUACAUAAUGUCAAGGCAUUAAACACUGAGUAAUCGAACAUACAUAAUGUCAAGGCAUUAAACACUGAGUAAUCGAACAUACAUAAUGUCAAGGCAUUAAACACUGAGUAAUCGAACAUACAUAAUGUCAAGGUAUUAAACACUGAGUAAUCGAACAUACAUAAUGUCAUGGUAUUAAACACUGAGUAAUUGAACAGAUAUAAUGUCAAUGCAUUAAACACUGAGUAAUUGGGAAGUUUCACUCAAAAUAAUUUAAAAACAAGUUAUUGUUUUAUUUAUGAAAUUUGUUUCUUGAAUUAUUUGUGCAAUAUAUAUUAUUUUUGAGUCAAAUUUUAGUCUCCAUGUAGAAUGUUUUCAGACAUUGAUUUUUGGAUGCUGAUUCCCUCUACAAUUUCUGCAAGUAGCUGAGGGUGUGUCCAUGCAUUGCCCGUUAGGUUUGGAGAAACAUGAAGCAAGGAACACUGGGAUUCCCAAGUUUGAAUGUGUGGACAUGUGGCGCAGUACGGUGCUACUGUGCUGUUUAUUUAUGAUUCUGUGUAGUAGACAGUAGUGAAGUGUGGCGAGUCACUCCUGAUGAUAAUCAUGUAUGUUUCCUAAUUGUUUCUACAAUGUGUUGAUGUGUAGUCUGUAGGCCACAUUCCUGUCACAUUUCCUUGGAAAAAAAGCAUUAAAAACUAUCCUUCUAAUGUA